UGAGAAAUGCCAUCACACCAUCAACACUUUCUUCCAAACUACACAUAAUUCUGAUCAGAUCAGAUCUUUUUUCUGGGACAUAUGAUUAAUGAUUUAACACAGAAAGAAAGAAGUUUCACUUUUCAAUAUUCCAAGUGCCCCUAAAACUGACAAACCACCCAUAUGUUGACUGUAUAACGUUGCAUGAUAUAAAAACACAAAUGCUUCCAUUAGUAGUAUGGCAACAGUUUUGGAUACAUAUCGACUCGAGGGAUUGCUACUGACGUUUUUAUUCGUUUUCCCCCCACAGAAUUGUCUGAAUCUUCUAACAAACAAUUAACAGAUCCCACAUGCGUUCUCAUUUUGUUCUCCGGAGGGACGAACUCUCCGUUCCGCUCAUUGUUUUUGUCACAACAAGAGCGUGAAAUCCGCACCUCAGAUGGUCUGACGGUGCUCUCAAGCACUCCACUGACCUACAUAACAACAGCAUAUGGGUGGAAAGGUCGACACUAAAGCAAGCAUCGGAGUCCUGUACGGUUUGGGAAGUUAUUGAUCAGGAGCCGGUUGAUUUAUUUGGGUAAUGUAAGCAGUGCAGAUGGUGAUGGACGCGCGCGCUGCAGCAGUGCUGCCAUCGCACUGCUGUCCUCUGUGUGAUCGAUAAUGUAGCAUAACAUCAGGCAGGAUAACGGACUUUAUCUAACCACUUCGGAGGAGUCGCGGUCUAAGCCGCAUUUCGGUGGCUAAAACAUCGUCUCAAAGGAACUAAACCGAGAAAUUCAAGCGACGUCGGGAGAUUUCUGUGAGCUGGAGUGCGAAAAGCGGACUGAACAAAAACGGCAAUCGAACAACGGAGCUCCUCAUAAUUAUUUACCUCAGAGACACUACAGAUAAACACCAAAAACCAUGUCAGUAGAUAAAACAUGCUCCCGCUCUUCGCUAUUUGUUUCCACGGGGACGCGAGGGUCGACAGGCCGCUGACCGUCACAAGGGGGAGCCGGACGGGAGAUCUGCGGAGGGCUUUUUUGAACACAGUAUUAUCAGAGUUCACCUACGAGGGACCAUGUUGUCCAUCUUAGCGGCGGGGUCGGUGUUCUUCCCGGGCCUUUUCCUGUUGUCCAAGCACUGUCUCAAAUCCAUCCCUGGACUGCGGUGGAGUGAGGGCGAUGCCGUCAUCGUUUCAGCCAGGUUGGUGUCAUCCAUCCAAGCUAUUAUGGCUUCUACGGCUGGUUACAUCAUCUCCUCAUCCUGUCAGGACAUCAUUGAGGACCAACACUGGCUGACCUGCUCCUACAUAUGGUUUGCUGUGCCGUACUUUGUGUAUGACAUCUACGCCAUGUUCCUGUGUUACUGGCACAAGUUCCAGGUCAAAGGGCACGAGGUGGACAACGGCUCCAAAUCCAAGGCUAUGGCUGUCAGUGGCUAUCUCCGGCGAGAGUUCCUCAUGAUCUUACAUCACGUUGUCAUGGUCACCGCUUGCUUCCCCAUCUCUGUGUUCUGGAGGCAGGGAAAGGGCGAUUACUUCCAGGGUGUCAUGUUCAUGGCUGAACUCAGCACACCGUCCGUCUGUCUGGGAAAAAUCCUCAUCCAGUACAAGCAACAGCACACACUUCUUCACAAAGUGAAUGGAGCUGUUAUGCUGAUCACUUUCUUCCUCUGUCGAGUCCUUCUCUUCCCCUAUCUCUACUACGUUUAUGGAAGGUAUGCCUCUAUUCCCUUCUACCGGGUUCCUUUUGAGGUGCCCUGGCAGUGUAAUCUCGGAGCGGCUCUCCUCAUGGCCCCGCAGCUCUACUGGUUCUCCCUGAUCUGCAGGGGGGCACUGCGCCUGUUUACCGGCCGAUCCUCGCGCUCCCGCAAACCGACGGCUCCGGUCAAGCCCGAUUACGAAGGACAUGAGCCAAUGACUCAGUCGGCCAAUGGAUACAGUACACAGAUGGUGGGUCGGGACACACCCACAAUGUCUCACUGAGGGGAGGAGCUUAUGCAAAUGAGACUAAGCUAAGAAGAAAGGGGAUUGGAUGAACACAAUGAUGAAGAGACUGAGCAGAAGGGCAGGUUGCCAAGGAAGUACAAGAGUGAUUAAAGAGGUACUGAAAUAGACUAGACGCCCUGUAAUGAAUUACAGAACAGCAUUAUGUUUAGUUACAGGGUUUGUGUACUGUAUAUAAGACAUGCUUUAGUAGAUCAAGGGAAGCUAUGGUGAAAAAAAUCAGUGGAAGUGUCUACACAACGGCCAGAUGUGCGUCACAUCACAAAUGAGGCAAUAAGUGCAAAUUUUAUGCGAGAACAUUUCUGAACCAAGAGAAGCACUUUUUGUUUGAGGCACUUUGAAGGGGUCGUGGAAUGUCAAACUGAGGUCUCGUGCCUGAGGUCUGUUCUUUGCAUAUAUUAUUGUAGUGUUGCAGAUGCAUCAUUCAUAGAAAAGUCCUUGACUAUUAUAUUUAACACUGGUCUACAAUGAGCAAGCCAAGCUUUAAUGUCUCUAGAGAGUUCGGUCGAAAGGCCUCUUGUUCGGUUUAAAGGGACAGUUCACCCAAAAAUGAACUUUUAUUUUAUUAGUGAAACACAAAUUUGAGAUGUUAGGCAGAAUGUCUGAGCUGCUCUUUUCCAUACAGUGAUUUAUUUUGUUCCAAAAUGGGAAAAACACCAUAAAAGGAUCAUAUAUACUACCGUCCAAAAGUCUGAGGUCAAUACGAUUAAAAAAAAAAGAAAAAAGAAAUUAAUACUUUUAUUGAGCAAGGACUCAAACUUUCAAGAAAUGUCAAACUUUUGAACGAUAGUCUAAGUAUAUUAAAAUUCAGGCCGAUAUGAUAAGACAAUAAUUAUUUUCAUGAUAUGGCUGAUAUAAUUAGGGGUCAAGCACCGAAGGUGCAUAGGCACCUCUUGUAAUCCUUUAUGUUCUUAUUAUUAUUAUUCUGUUUCCGUUCCUUCUGCUCUGUGGGAAAGUUAUGAAAUUUGGAACACUGAUAGAUGACUGACCCAACUUUAACUUCACCAAUUUUGGAGUCUCUAACUCAGUCUCUCUAGCGCCAUCACCUGUCCAAAUUUUCAAUCAUGUCAAGGUUAGAGACGAAAUGAUGCUUAUGACCUCAUUUUCCGUCAUAAAAUUUUCCUGCCAUUUUGAAUUUUGCGACGAACCUACUUUUUCGAACUCAUCCUUGAUGAGUUCGAAAUGGGACAUGAGCUGAUUGUCCCAAUGGGACAUGAGUUUGUCCCAUUUUCACCAAAAUUAAACAACAUAAUCUUCAGACCAUGCUGGCAAAAAGUUACGGAAUUUAAGUUGAUUCAUGAAACAUGAAACUCGCAAACAAAUUUUACAUUUCAGGCCAAACUUGGUACAUGUCAUCACAAGCAUGAUCUGAGGCAACAUGCUGCGUUUCGGCUUCAGGGCGACACGCCGAUAUCCAAUUUUUCCACAUCGACCAUUUUGGGCGUCGGCCAUUUUAAAUUUUGUACUAAAAUGCUGUAUUUUACGAACGCAUUAUCGUAUCGUUACGAAACUCAGUAUGGGUCAUCAGCACGAUGCCCUGAAGGAGCCUGAGAAGUUUCAAGCCUAGUAGUAAAAUCAUCUUAAAAUGUCGUUACUUGCUUUUUAUUGCAGUUGGUCUGACGCUCCCAGCCAUGCUAGCAUGGCCUAUCGUGCUCUUUGUGCUUGGCCCCAUUAAUUGCUGCUUGCAGCUAUAUUUCUAUACUGUUUUUUUAAAUAAAUAAAAAAUACUAAAGACUAUAAUCAACCUUUUUGAAUGUAAAAGUGAAUUCACAACCUUAUAAUAUACGGCAUGAAAAACGGAUAUACAUUUUGUUCCUAAAAUAUCAUAUGGCUUCAGAAGACUGGAAUAUAGAGCAUAAAUCACUGUCUGUUUGGAUGGAAAACAGAAGAUUUUUUACCUAAUAUCUACUUUUGUGUUCUGCAGAAGAAAGAAGCAUGAGGUUGGAACAACAAUAAAUGAUUCAUUUUCAUUUUUUUGGUGAACUAUUCCUCAACCAGAGCUGAUCAAAUGAAAAAACCCCAUCAAAUGUAAUUAAACCCUGUCUGUCAGAGAAAGAGGCAGCUCAGGGUUUGGGAAUGUAUACAUGCUCAGAAAACAAGCGUUACAUGUAAAGGAAAGUAGCUACCUUGAAUGUUCUCCGAUUCGACCUGUGAUCCACUGUAAGGUGGCUUUAAACGCAUUUUCCCAGGAAAAUGUUUAACAUUAGUAGUUAGCUUUACAAUGUCCCUAGUAUAACCUCUUUAAACAAAGACCCAAGUCCUGAAACCCUGCAUAUGUUUUAAAAGGACAUGAUCAAAUAUAUAUUAAGCUGCCUUAUCCCUAUGGAAACUCUGACAACCUUAUUCCUGAUUUUUUUUUUUUCUCUUUACUUUUGGCCAGAGGUGAGUUUCCUCCAAACAAAUGUGAUACUUUACAUAGUCAAUGUGAAAUUUAUUUGCACUUUAUUCAUUUUGUUGUCUUCGAAGCCAUUUUGUUCGUCUCACAGGUAAAUGUUCCUAAUUUAUUGUGUUUUUUGGAAGGUAUUUUGAUUCCUUUUUAGCCUGUCAGUCUCAGGUUUUUGUUUGUUAAUGGGUCACUCAAGCUAUCUAAUCUCUGUCUAGUCAUAAAUCAAGGAUUCAUUUGCAGAUGAAUUUGGCCCAGUAUGUUUUAUUUAAUAACACAGCAUUCAAGCGCUUGCAAGUUCAACCCGUGCCACUUAUCAAACAGAAAUGAAUGACAUUGCAAAGUAUCUGCCACAAGACCUGUUUCUGAAGCUUACUUAUACUUAAAAUGACUGAAUGCUGAUUGAAAUUUAUAUAAUGAAAAAAAAAAAACAUACAGGUGCAAAAUGUCUAUUGCGCUGAAUUGGGUAUAUGACUUUGCAUGUGUAUAUUCCAUCUUUGUCCCUUGUGAACCCUCUAUAAUGUACCAGUUCAACGUGCACCAAUAUCCAAACUAUUUAAUCCUAGUGAACUGCAACGACUGCUUUUGAUGGUUUUCUUUGAGAGCAUCUAUGUUUUGGUUGGUUUAACUUCUGUUGUUUUUCCCAUAUGUAAACCUGUUUAACCUGUUAACAUGAGUACAAAUGAAAGCACUGUUGUGAUUCAAUCUCAUUGCAGAAAUAUACUCUUGUCUCAU